AUGACCUCAGUAUAUAAUAUUGAGUUUUCCAUUAAACACAGUAUCGAUAUCAACGUGGAGAAUCUAUCAUACGUUAUAGACCAACCUAAUAUUACCACCAGUCGUCUCCCCUGUCAUACCACCGACCACAGCGCCACCACUAAAACUAUUCUAGAUGGAGUGUCGUUCCAGGCGAAAUGCGGCCAGAUGUUGGCUAUUAUGGGCAGCUCGGGUAGCGGUAAGACGUCUCUAUUAAAUGUUCUAGCCUGUAAGAAUUCUACAGGUACAGUAACUGGCGAUAUAGAACUGAACGGUGUUAAACAUACCAAACAUAUGAUAGAACAUUUCUCAGCCUACGUCAGACAAGAUGAUCGUCUGCUUCAGUUCCUGUCCGUCAAGGAAACUCUGAUGUUUGUGGCCCAGUUGAAACUACCAACUAAAUUAUCUCGAGUUGAAAUAGUACGGAAAGUGGACGAGGUUAUAGCUGAGCUAGGUUUAAGUCACGUGACUGCCACUAGAGUAGGGGGCGCUAAUAUUCGAGGUAUUUCCGGUGGAGAGAGAAGAAGAGUCAGUAUAGGAAUACAGCUACUGAUGGAUCCUAGUAUAUUGUUGCUAGAUGAACCUACUUCCGGUCUGGAUUCGUUCACAGCUCAUCAUCUGAUACAAACUUUAUCCCGAUUGGCUAAAAAUCAACGAACUAUACUUCUAUCUAUCCAUCAACCAAGAUCAGAUAUAUUUGAGUUGUUCGACAAGGUGUUAGUUUUAUCAGUAGGGCAGACUGUAUAUUACGGCGAAACUAGAACUAUGGUGGAUUAUUUUACUAGACUAGGUUAUCCAUGUCCAGAACUCACCAACCCAUCAGAUUAUUACAUGGAUCUAGCGACUAUCGACGCUACCACGGACGAGACUGAGAGCAGAACGACGGAAGUAGUAGAGAAUUUACUGGAGGCCUACAGACGCCAGGGGGAGGAGGUUCAUACAGGAUCUGAUACCGAGGUAAAUCAACACAUUAAAGAAUAUAUGAUAGAGGGCGCCACUGAAAUACAAGUUGGUUAUCCUGGUUUCUUCCAUCAGUUUACAGUACUAGCAAGACGCCAUUUUAAGAACACAGUAAUCAACCAAUGGGCGUUGAUAGUUCAGACGUUUGAAGCUGUAUUUAUGUCGCUAGUAUUGGGAGUGGUGUUUUGGGAAUUGACGUUAGAUCAGAGAGGAAUUAGAGAUCGAUAUGGGUUUAUGUUUAUGAUCACCAUGAUGUACCCUUUUACCAAUACUCUAGAUGUUAUAGGACAGUGUCACGAAGAAAGAAAAUAUUUAUAUUUUGAGUUAGAAGACAAACUUUAUGGAUAUUUCGCUUAUUAUUUUUCUAAAAUAAUAGCGGAACUUCCAUUUCACUUCCUGUUCGUAUCGUUAUAUUUUACUCCAGCUUAUUUUAUGACGGGGUUACAAGUAGACGUGAUAAUAUUUUUUACUAUGUUUGGGAUUGUAUUGUUACUGGUGUAUGUGACUAGAAGCUGGGCCCUGGCCAUGGCGAUGAUCUUUCCUAACUAUACCUUGUCCAGUACUGUCAGUAAUAUUCUACUCGCUCUAUUUAGCGUCUGUAGCGGAUUCUAUGUUAAUUUAGAAUCUAUGCAUUCAGGAACGCGGUGGAUGGCUGAUGUUUCUCCAAUAAGAUGGGCGUUUGACAGUCUGAGCUUGGUGGAGUAUGGGAACGUGACGUUCGCCUGUGGGCAGAUUGAUCCUAGAUAUUGUAUUAAAACAGGAGAAGAAGCGUUGAAACUUUAUGGAUUCGAUGGUGAUCAGGUCUGGAUGGCUGUAGUAAUAUUACUAGGAAAUAUCUGUGGCUAUCAGUUAAUGGCUAUUCUAGCGUUCCGAUUCAUUCCUCAGAAACCAUAUGGAUUUUAA